AUGUGGUUUGUUCGUCUAGUUAUUUGUAGUUUAGGAUUGACAUUAGUUUUGGGUGAUGAUGAAGUUACCCUGGAUAUUGCUCAGGGUACAUUGAAAGGACUAAAAACAACAACAGUAUAUCAUGGCAUGACAAUGUACAGUUUCAAGGGAAUUCCUUACGCCAAGCCAAAUGUUGGUCCUAAUAAAUUUCAGGCACCACAAGCUGCUGAUGGAUGGAGUGGUGUAUUGGAUGCAACAAAGCAUGGAUCAAGUUGUGUUAGUUUUUGCAGUGUACAACAAAAAAUUGUUGGUGAUGAUGAUUGUUUAUUUUUAAAUGUCUAUACACCUGGACCAGACACUGAAGCAAGAAGAUCUGUUAUGGUUUACAUCCAUGGUGGUGGUUAUAAUCAAGGAUCUGGUGAUGAUAGUAUGUUUGGUCCUGAUUUUUUAAUUGAACGUGAUGUUGUUGUUGUUACCUUUAACUACAGAUUAGGAGCUGCAGGAUUUUUAAGCACUGGUGAUGAAAAUGCUCCUGGUAAUGCUGGCUUGAAAGAUCAAGUGAUGGUGUUAAGAUGGAUAAGAAAUAAUAUUGAAAAUUUUGGUGGUUGUCCACUUAAAGUUACAAUAUUUGGACAAAGUUCUGGUGGCGCAUCUGUGAUGUAUCAUAUGAUGUCACCAAUGUCUGCUGGUCUUUUUAAACGAGCAAUUAUGCAAAGUGGUACUGCACUAAGUUCAUGGGCACUUGCGUAUGAUGGAAAAGAUAGAGCAAUGAAAGUUGCUGAACAAUUAGGUAUCCAUGCAAGUGACACUGCUGAUCUUGUUAAAAAACUUGCUGAAAUACCAACUUAUGAUAUUGUCAAAGCUAGCAUUGACGUUGUCAAUCCGAUGGGUUUACUUCAAGGUGAUUUGCAUACAUUUGUACCAGUUGUUGAACCUGACGUUGGUCAAGAAAUUUUUCUACCAUCAAAUCCUUGGGAAAUAAUUAAAACACAAAGAAUUUCAGAUGUCCCACUUAUGAUUGGAAUAACAGCACACGAAGCUGGUCUAUUUACAGGAAUGGCGCUAACAAUGACUUCAGCGUUUGAGGACCAUUUCGAUAUGUUUGUACCGAAAGAACUUAACAUUACUGAUCCGGAAACGCGUAAACAAGCAGGGCAAAUACUUGAAGAAUUUUAUUUCGAUGGAAAAAAAGUUGAUUCAUCAACGGAAAUGGAAUUGAUUGAUCUUUUAAGUGAUGGUAUUUUUAAUGCUGGCGUCUGUAUGGCAUCAAAAAUAAUUAAUUCUCGAAAUACAUCACCAGUUUAUCAGUAUUAUUUUAAUUUUCAAGCACCUAUUGGAUUGAUGAAAUCAGUAUUUAACCUUGAAAAUGGUGUACUACAUGGUGAUGACCUGACAUAUGAAUUUUAUUCACAUCAUUUUAAAAAUCUACCUCAACCAGGUAGUCGAGAAGAAAAAAUGACAAAUGAAUUUGUAGAAUUAUGGACAAAUUUUGCAAAAACAGGAGAUCCAAGCUCAUCAAUGGAAGUGACUAAAGUUAAAUGGGAGCCAAUGGGAGACGAGGGAAAUUAUCUGGAAAUGAGUGAUGAACUUGAAUUAAAAAAAUCUAUAAUAUCAAAAAGAUUAGGCUUAUGGUCAAAAAUAUUUUUUAAUAUACUUGAUGGUUAUUAUGAAUUAUUUAAUUAAAAGACUAAUAAUUUGUUGAAAUCACAUUUAUUAUAGUAAUCAAUACAGUAUUUUGUUAACAAUAAUUGAUGCAUUUCUUAAAUUUUAUUUAUACUUAAAUCCUUAUCAUGUUUUGUUUGUCUACAUCUUGACAGUUGACGGUGGUUAAUUUUUUUUUGCAACAAAAAUAAAGAUUCAUCAUGUAGAUGAUGAGAAAUGUCAACUGAUGUUAUUAUAUAAAAAUUAAAUUAUAAUAAUAUUUCAAUAAGACAAAAGAUAAAUGCUAUAUUUAGUGCAUGAAUAUUAAAAUACUACAAUAAAAAUAAAAA